AUGUCUACUCCGGAGCCGGCGACCCGGUACCUGACGCCGUCCUCGCAAGAUCCGGAGGAUUUGGUCCAAACGCGGGAGGACUGGCCGCCCGCAAAGAAGCGCCGGCGCAACCCUUUGCCCAAAGAACGCACCACGCAGCACUUGUCGCUCGCGCGUUCCUCCUACGAACAAAAAGACCAGGUCCGGUUGCUGGUGGAAACGCUCCGCCACCAAAAAGACAUUGUGGUGGUCGCAGGUGCGGGCAUCUCCACCGCAGCGGGUAUCCCGGACUUUCGUUCCACAGAUGGCCUGUUCAAGUCCCUGCAGAAGAAGCACAACCUCAAGGCGUCCGGCAAGCUUCUGUUCGAUGCUGCGGUCUACCAGGAUGACGCACUGACCGCCCCCUUCCACGAAUUGGUGCGGUCGCUCAAGCUCGAGUCCGCCAAUUGCAAACCCACCAAAUUCCACCAGAUGCUCGCGCGCCUCGGCAAGGAAGAUCGAUUGAAGCGACUCUACACCCAGAACAUCGAUGGCCUCGAAACCUCCAUGCCGCCCUUGCAGACCGAAAUCCCCCUAAACGUGAAGGGUCGUUGGCCCGUCACCAUCCAGCUGCACGGCAGCAUCACCAAGAUGGUCUGCCAAAAAUGCCGCCAUACCACCGAGCUGGAUCCCACAAUGUUCACCACGGCCGAGCCCUCCGACUGCUCAUGGUGCAGCGACAAUGACACCGCGCGCCAGAGUGCAGGUUUCCGCAGUCACGGCGUCGGCCGCUUGCGACCGCGCAUCGUCCUGUAUAACGAGCACAACCCGGACGAGGAGGCUAUCACAUCCGUCAUGAACGCCGAUGUGAAAUCCCGUCCGCGCGUCCUGGUUGUCGCCGGUACCAGUCUGAAGAUCCCUGGAGUCCGUCGCCUCGUAAAGAGUCUCUGCGCCGUAAUCCGUAGUCGGAAAGACGGUGUGACCAUGUUCAUCAACAACGAGCCCCCGGUCGGCAAGGAAUUUGAGAACUGUUUCGAUCUAAUCGUCGAGGGAUCCACCGAACAAGUCGCCGACAUGGUCCACCUGAAGCAAUGGGACGACGAGGAGAAAUAUCCGAUGCAACUCCUGCCCGACCCGACAUUCGGAAAGCCCAGCCCCAGCCCCGUCUCUGUCGUGAUCAACACUCCCUCGAAGAAGCGCGCACACAGCGAGACCGAGACCGGCCUCUUGACACCCUCGUCGAGUCAAGACGAACAGUCCGAGCCAAAAUUCAAGGCUACGAAAUCGACGAAAACGGGCAAGCGUGCGCAAGCCAAUCCCGCCAGUCGUGGUCCGAAGAUCGAGGACCUGCUCACCAAGGGCACCAAGGCCAAGGCCGCGCCUGCCAAAGCGGUACCAGCCAAGACUACCGCGUCGAAACCCACGACGACAAGGGGUCGCAAGCCUGCUACGACGACAGCGAAGAAGCCCCGCGGCAAAGCAGCAACUGCUCCGAAGAACGCCUCGAUCACUGCAUUCGGAAGUUCGACCAAGUCAAAACCUGCCCCGACAGCAGCAGCAAAGAUGUCAGCGGACAAAAUCCCGCUCGGCGACGCGCGCAAUGCCAGCGCCAUGUUCCCCAAUCUUGUCAAAGAUGCCAACGCGAAGCUUGGUGCGACAAACAUCGAGUGCGCCGUGCCUGUUCCCGAGGUUGUCUCCUAA